UUUCUAAUCAAAUCGGCGUCCCUGCACCAAGCCAUGGCGUGUCCAAAUGAGAAAGAAGCAGGGAUGCAACAGCAAGACAACCUCGCAGAUUCACUCAACGAUCUCUUCACUAGCGUAUCAAACAUGGUCAAAUCUGAACUCCAGGGGACAAGCAAUCGGUUGGAGCUACUGGAGAAGAUGAAUGUAAGAGUGAGCGAAGAGUACAAAGGGUUCGGUGAUGUGGCAUCUGGGCUAAGGGUAUAUGUGGAGCAAUUGAAGGGCAAGAGUGGUAAUUUUGAGGAGUAUGUGCAUCAAAUUGAGGAGAUAGAGAAACAAGUUACUGAAUUUGAAGCUGUUAUUUCAGUUCUUGACAAGUAUGUUUCGUUGUUGGAAUCUAAAGUUAAAUUUGUGUAUCAACAACAGCAGCACCCUCCUCCUACUUCUUAACUAAAUAUUGGGUUUUGUUUGUUUGUAUUGAUUUGGGUAAAUUCAACUUUGUUGAGAAUAAUUGGGAAAGUUUCGUUCUCUCUGGUUUCAA